CACCAGGGGUUGGAAAAACCACCCUAGGCAAAGAACUUGCAUCAAGAUCAGGACUGAAAUACAUUAAUGUGGGUGAUUUAGCUCGAGAAGUCUGAUCAACGGAUAUCAUGGAUUCUGGCAAGAUGGCUUCUCCCAAGAGCAUGCCGAAAGAUGCACAGAUGAUGGCACAAAUCCUGAAGGAUAUGGGGAUUACAGAAUAUGAGCCAAGAGUUAUAAAUCAGAUGUUGGAGUUUGCCUUCCGAUAUGUGACCACAAUUCUAGAUGAUGCAAAAAUUUAUUCAAGCCAUGCUAAGAAAGCUACUGUUGAUGCAGAUGAUGUGCGAUUGGCAAUCCAGUGUCGUGCUGAUCAGUCUUUUACCUCUCCUCCCCCAAGAGAUUUUUUAUUAGAUAUUGCAAGGCAAAGAAAUCAAACUCCUUUGCCCUUAAUCAAGCCAUAUUCAGGCCCCAGGUUGCCACCUGAUAGAUAUUGCUUGACUGCUCCAAACUAUAGACUUAAGUCUUUACAAAAAAAGGCAUCUACUUCUGCGGGAAGAAUAACAGUUCCACGGUUAAGUGUUGGUUCAGUUACUAGCAGACCAAGUACUCCCACGCUUGGCACGCCAACCCCACAAACCAUGUCUGUGUCAACUAAAGUAGGGACUCCAAUGUCCCUCACAGGGCAAAGGUUUACAGUACAGAUGCCCACUUCACAGUCCCCAACUGUAAAAGCAUCAAUUCCUGCAACAUCUGCAGUUCAGAAUGUUCUAAUUAAUCCAUCAUUAAUUGGGUCCAAGAACAUUCUUAUAACCACUAACAUGGUGUCAUCACAAAAUACUGCCAGUGAAUCAGCAAAUGCAUUGAAAAGAAAACGAGAAGAUGAUGAUGAUGAUGAUGACGACGAUGAUGAUGACUAUGAUAAUUUGUAAUCUAGCUUUGAUGCUUGUAACAUGUGUACUUGGUCUUGAAUCCGUUGUACUGAGAUUAAACAUGCAUGCUGGGUGUUUUCAUGUUGUGUUGUAGAACAUGUAAAUUGUAUUUAAUGAGUAAAUAUAGUUACCCUCUCUGA